GCGGACACCAUUUUAUCAGAAAGUUGUUUGUUAGAAUAAGACUUCACUUUGACAUUGAUAACUGACCGUUUAGUACAUUACAGAUUGUAUUAGUUAUACAUCGGGAAAGAAAUACCAUCGAAAUACAAGUAAAAUACAUAUAAUACGCAAAGAAUAACUAUCAAAUUUUAGGCAAGGGUGUGGUCACAUGACUUCCACUAGCCAAUGAGAUCGCGUUUCUUUCAUUUCUCCUAUAAAGCCGAGAUCUCGUACAUGAAGGUAGCCAUUGCUAUCUACGCUAGUGGUUAGUCGAGCUCUUAUUACAAUCCAUUCUGAACAUGUUAAUGAAGUGUCAUCGAAAGUUGUCGGAAUGUAUGUGAAAAAAUUCGGAUGUAAAUCUCAAGAUUACAUUUGACUUUAAGUAUAGGUUAUCAACAUCCUAAUGCCUUUUGAAGCAUGGGUGCCAUUCAGGAUGAAAAUGAAAACAAAAACCAAAAUGACAGCAAUAACGUAGUGGCUAAGUACGUAGAACCAGUUCUGGAGCCUGUGAAUGGCGUUGUUCAACCUCCCUACAUCCCACCGCCAGGAAAACCCCACAGAAAUACGAACCAACUUCAUUUCUUGUUGAAAAAUGUAAUGAAAGCUGUAUGGAAACAUCAGUUUGCAUGGCCAUUUUAUCAGCCGGUGGAUGCUGUGAAGUUAAACAUACCCGACUAUCAUAAAAUCAUCAAGGUUCCAAUGGAUUUAGGUACAAUUAAAAAGCGCUUGGAAAAUUAUUACUAUUAUUCUUCAAGUGAAUGUAUACAAGACUGCAAUACAAUGUUCAUGAAUUGCUACAUAUAUAACAAGCCUGGAGAGGAUGUUGUUUUGAUGGCUCAGACCUUGGAAAAGCUUUUCCUUACAAAAAUAGCUGGAAUGCCUAAAGAGGAAAUAGAAUUGCCUAUACCUUCGCCGAAGACUCCUGGUGCCAAAGGCAAAGGUAAAAAGGGCAAGAGUCGUGUUAAUUCAGUGGAUUCGUCUUCUGGUAAGGAAUCUACCAAUAACUCAGCAGCGGCCGUCCAGUCAUCUCAAAAAUCCCCUGUUUCUACAUCCAGUAGUGCAAUGUCUCCAACCACUGUUCCAGGAAGUACCAAUUCUACUACAACAGUAUCUGCCUCAGCUGUCAGCUCAACUGGCAUCAGUCAAAACCUCAGAUCAAACAGUUACUCAGGAGGACCUUCUACAUCUCCUAAAAAACCUACCAAUUCCAUAGAUAAAACUCCUCCUAAUUCCAAAAUGAACUCAGUGCAUACAAAUGAUACUCAUCCUGUACAAUUACCAAGUCUUUCUCCUCCACCUGGAAUAUCAAAUCAAAAAGGAACUCCAAAAGCUAAAAGAGGAGUCAAAAGAAAAGCUGAUACAACAACUCCUAUGUCAAAUUCAAAACCAGAAGCAGAGAUGUCUCCUCCUCAAGAUCCGAAAGUGGCCAAAGUAACUACACGUCGUGAAAGUGGGCGGCCAAUUAAAAAGCCAUCUAAAGAUCUGCCUGAACUGCCUCAGUCAAGUGCAAAACCAAAAAAAGGGCGUUUAACAGAACAGCUGAAGUAUUGUGGCACAGUAUUAAAAGAGCUUUUUGCCAAGAAACAUGCUGGCUAUGCUUGGCCAUUUUACAAGCCUGUUGAUGCUAAGAUGCUUCAUCUUCCUGAUUAUCAUCAAGUUAUCAAGCAUCCAAUGGAUUUAGGAACUAUAAAGAGGAAAUUAGACAAUCAUGAAUACAAAAAUCCAGAUGAGUUUGCAAGCGAUGUGAGGCUAAUAUUCACAAAUUGUUACAAAUACAACCCUCCAGAUCAUGAAGUUGUUGCAAUGGCAAGGAAGUUACAGGAUGUCUUUGAAAUGAAAUAUGCUAAAAUGCCAGAUGAACCCCCUGUUAGUGAUGUCAAUAUGAAUUCUGAGAAAACAGAAGAUUCAGCACAAAGUAUGUCCAGUGACUUGUCAUCUGAUUCCUCAUCAGGUAGUGGUUCUGAAGACAGUGAAGAAGAGAGAGAAAAGAGAUUAAAAGCUCUUCAAGAACAGUUGAAAAAGGUGACAGAACAGAUAAGUGUGUUAGCUGCUGAAACAAGGAAGAAAGAUAAAAAGAAGAAGAAGCGAAAAAGAAAAGAAAGAGAUGAGAGCAAAGAAAUCAAGGUUGAUGAUCUACCUCCAAUUGAACCACCAAUGACUGCAGCACCUCCAGCUGCUCAGCCAAAACCAACCAAAGCAACAAAAAAGACUAGUGCUGGUAAAGUUCCCAAUGCAAAUAACAAAACUCCAAAUCAAAAUAAAAGACAAAGGCCAAAUAAUAAGUCCUCUAAAAGGAACAAGCCAUUGCCUUCAUUUGACAGUGAAGAUGAAGAUAAUGCCAAGCCUAUGUCCUAUGAUGAGAAAAGGCAACUUAGCUUGGAUAUUAAUAAAUUACCAGGUGACAAACUUGGAAGAGUUGUUCAUAUCAUUCAGUCAAGAGAGCCAUCCUUAAGAGAUUCUAAUCCAGAUGAAAUAGAAAUUGAUUUUGAAACGCUGAAACCUUCGACUCUCCGUGAACUUGAGUCAUACGUGGCUUCUUGUUUGCGUAAAAAACCAAGAAAACCUUACACAAAAAGUAAAGCUGCUGGAAAAUCGAAAGAAGAACACAUGAGGGAGAAAAAGCAAGAGCUUGAAAAACGUCUACAAGAUGUUAGUGGUCAACUGGGCCAGCCUCCGAAAAAAUCUAUUAAAAAGGAAACAGAGCACACCAAUACUGAAGUUGCUGGUGGUCCAAGCCGACUUAGUGCAAGCAGUAGCAGUUCUAGUGAGAGUGAUAGCAGCUCAAGUAGCUCUUCUAGUAGCACAUCAGACACCAGUGAUUCUGAAUAAACUUGAGUUGACUACUUAUUUCAUAUACCAUAUCUGGCCUUAGAAUUAUGAUACCCACACUGUUAAGACAGAAGUUAUCAGUGUAUGAUGCCAGAACAAGCAUUGCCAGAAUGUUUUCAAACUAUAAGUGCUUGUUACUUGUGUUCUUAUGCUGUAUGAAGGGAGAAAAAAAAAAUACAGCUUGCAUCACCAUGGUUAAAAAAAAUUAUUUGAUGGACUUUCGAAAGCAAAAGUGCAAGUUUUAAUGUUUUGGUGCUUUGAGUUUUGUAACAUUUAGCACACUGUGACUGUUACUUGACUUGGUCAGUUUAACUUAUUCCACCAUCUACAAGAGCCAAGGAUGUGUGUGUUGUGUUUAUUCAUUUGUAAAUAAAACAGAAUCAUAAAUUCAUCUCAAAAUUGAAAAAAAUGCAACCAGUUAUUUCCAGCCUUGGCUACUGAUUAACAUUGUAAAUUUAUCAUUCUUAUUCAGUGUACAUUUCAUUUCCCUAACUGUAAAAAGAAAAAUCAUGGAACUCUAUACAAACUUGAAUGUUUUUCACUUUUUUGUCAAUCUGAUUUGUCUGUGUAGUUGGAAUAACUUUUAUCACUUUGAACUGUAAAGCAAUGCAUGACACAUAUGGCUUGAUAUAGCUUUGGGAUUUUUUUUUAUUAAUACAGUUUGACCUUUACUUUUAAUCAAACAUUUGUAUUAAAAUAAAAAUGUACUAUUCUCUCCUGCACAUAAGGAAAGAUCCCAUGUACAUUAGCUAAUUUGAUACUUAUAUUCUGUUUUAAAGAAGGGUAAAUAAGCUUCUUCAAGUUAAAAAUUGAAGAAUAUUAACAUACAUAUAUAAAAUGCUUUUAGAGUUAAAGAAACUCUUCAAAAUUGCUGAUGCAGUUAGAUUUUUGUCAUGAUGAAAUUUGAUGUCUGCAAAAAAAUAUUUCUUGUUAAUAUAUAGAAUCUAAAUUUAAUUUAGAUCUGUUUUGUAUUUUUUUUUUUUUUUUUGUAGCUUUAAAUAUAGUUUAUUCAUUUUUUUUAAUCAAUAUGUACAGAAAUACGUGUGGUUAAUGGUUUAAUAUUAAAAACAGCUACUAUUUGUGUCAUUGUAUCAUUGUAAAACAUGGAUUUGCAUAUUUUAAAACUGUGUUACAUAUUUCAAAUUGUACAGCCAUUAACUUCUGAUGCUAAUUCCAUAAACUGUUAAAUAUCAUUUGGAGAAAAAUAAAGUCCUUAUAAAAAAUGUUGUGAUUAAUCUGGAAAUUUACUAAGAACACAAAAAAUGAAUAUUUCUGAAAAAUUGAAGUGUUAUAAAUUUUUUAAGGAUAUGAAGUUUUAAAAUUGUAUUUAUAAAGAGUACUUUUUGAUUAUACAGGUUCUUUCGAAAUAAUCUGUACAACUUUGCUGUUUUCCUUUCUAAUUAAAGAAAUAUUGAAAGUGAAAGAAGGGGAAUAUUAAGUUUUAAUUUCAUUUUUUUUGUGUGUGUGUAUGUGACUAAGAAAUGCAUUAGUGAUAUUACUAAAUAAAUAGCUUUUAAUUAUACUAAUCUACUUUAUUAGGAAAGCUAAUUCCAUUUAGCUAUUCCUGACAUUCAAAAAGGCUUCCCUUUUAUUUAUUAGAAAGUAUUGCAACUGCUCUUUCAUUUAAUGAAAUAUAAUAAAAUGCAGGAUUUUAAAUUAACAACAACAAAAAAUGUGAGAGGAACUGUAUGCUAAAGGAACCUGCUACUCUUAAAAAAAAAAGACAUUUCUGUUAAGAUUUUUUUAAAAAAUUUAAAUGAAUUAACAAACAUUUCUAAACUUUUUAACAAAUAUAACUUAACUAUGAGUGUGCUGCAUCACUUGCUUUUUUGUCUUGUACAUUUGACAACAAUGACUGUAUUAUAAGUGGAUAAAUUUUUUUUAAAGAAACUGAAAAAGUUGAGUUUAUAAUGAAUAAUUGUUAGCUUUUAUCAAUGAUAGGGAAUUCUCAAACUUAAAACUAUCCAACACUAAUUAUAUCAUAUAGGAUUGUUUUGUUUGUUUUAAAAUUUAUUAAUAUAUUUUCCCCACAUUUUACAAGAAAUAUACUUAGCUGUCUUUCAUUAAAAUUCAAAUCAUUUGUCACUUUUUCUGUGUGGUUAUUUUAAGCUAUAUGUAAUAUUUAUUACUGUUUGGUUAUUAAAUAGAAAAUUGUAAGUAUUUCAAUCAAGAUAAUUUUCUGUGCUAAUUUUCAGUUCGCCUGUUUUUAUAAUUAAAUUGGAAACGUAUUUCAUUUUAAUAAUAUGGCUUUAUGCUUAUUUUGAUUCUGAAAAUUCAUCCCUAUAAAAAUAUAAAUUAUAUGGAAAUUUCAAUAAUUUUGACAU